AACAGGUUAAAAAAAGACGCUGAUUUGAAUGCGAGUUAUGCGGUCGAGUCCCAUUUCCGUUUCCAGUCGGAAGACCCUUCAGUUUUCCGUCUCCUUUCUUGUAACAGCGCUGAUUAUGGCAGCCCGUUCGAUUUCGAAGAAGAGGAAGUUUGUUGGAGACGGAGUCUUCAAAGCUGAGCUCAACGAGUUUCUGACUCGUGAACUUGCAGAGGAUGGUUACUCGGGUGUUGAAGUGCGUGUCACCCCAACGCGCACUGAAAUCAUCAUCAUGGCUACACGUACCCAGAAUGUCCUAGGAGAGAAAGGACGCCGGAUAAGAGAGCUAACUUCGGUAGUUCAGAAGAGGUUCAAUUUCAAGGAACACAGCGUGGAACUAUACGCUGAGAAGGUAGCAACUCGUGGUCUUUGCGCCAUUGCCCAGGCCGAAUCUCUACGUUACAAACUUAUCGGAGGACUGGCUGUCAGACGUGCGUGUUACGGAGUACUUCGUUUCAUCAUGGAGUCUGGUGCUAAAGGAUGUGAAGUUGUCGUGAGCGGAAAACUUCGUGGACAGCGUGCAAAGUCCAUGAAAUUCGUCGACGGACUUAUGAUCCACUCCGGAGAGCCAACAAAUGACUACGUUGACACAGCAACCCGACACGUACUCCUCAGACAAGGUGUUUUGGGAAUUAAAGUGAAAAUUAUGCUUCCUUGGGACCCCAAUGGUAAGACUGGACCCAAGAAACCUCUGCCGGACAACGUGUCAGUCGUAGAGCCAAAGGAAGAAACUCUUCCCACUUAUCCAUCCUCCGAUGUUAAGGUGGCCAAACCGGAUGCUCCUCCUGUUGCACCGAUUCCUGUAUAAUUCCGCAGAUCUUAAAAUUAAAACUUUUUGAAAGAUCAA